UAAUCCACUUUGUAGACCUCAGCACAUCACACUAGUGUGUGUGGAUGUGGAUGGGAGCGUGAUCAGAUGUGGUGAAAGAGGAGCUGUCCAAACAGACAGUCAUGGGACAGAAGAACGUCCAUCCUAAGAUUUUCCCUGGGGAUAUUCUGGAGUAUCGCAGGAAUAAGUACUUCUCCCACUUUGGAAUUUAUUACGGAGAAAGAGAUGGUGUUCCCUACGUGGCUCAUCUCACGUGCAGAGAUUCCGAUGCAAAGAUCCUGAUGUUUGGACGAGCCAUGAGGUCAGAGGUCAAACUGGACCCUUUGGAGGUGGUGGGAUGCAAAUACAAGGUGAACAACAUGCUGGACGGGGCCUUGCCUGCCAGGGACUACCACAGCGUGGUGAAGCCUGCCAUCGACGAUCUACUGGGCAAAGAGAUCACCUUCGACAUCCUGUUUCACAACAGCGAGCACCAGGCCACCCUCCUGAGAUACGGAGUCAAGAAGUCUGUACAGAUUGAACCCGUCUACAAACACAUCAUGCCAGCAUGGAAGGACCUGUUUAGGAAGAAUAAGCUGUAACGCCUUUGACGCCCAAUUCUGCAGUACUAUCUUAUAGCCAGCAGGUGGCAGCAGAAACCCUCUACUGAUAUUUAAGCUACAAUAAAUGUAUUUCACUCAUUUCACCUGUUACAUCUAAAUAGAUUCAUGGUCAAACGUGAGCAGUGAACAAAAGACAGUUGGAAUGUGAUUGCUAAACUGUGCAAUUUACACUUCUACAAAAACAUAUCUCUCUGUCCCUCCCUCCUAGCCCCCCUCUUUUUCUGUCUCUCACUCUCUCUUCCAACCCAAUCGUCUUCCUCUCUUUCUCUUUUUGU